GUUUUCGAAUUCAUCAAAGCAGAAUACGGUUCUUCAAUUUUUAGUAAACUUCAUCCUGUAGAGGGUGACGUGGGCAUGCCAGAUUUAGGUCUUUCUUCAAAAGAUAAAAUUAUUUUGAUAGAAAAAGUGAACGUUGUAUACCAUGCUGCGGCAGCUGUAAGUUUUAACCAACCGUUGGAUGAAGCUGUUAAUAUAAAUACGAAAGGUACCAGUCGAGUCAUUGACCUGUGCAAGAAACUAAAGCAUCUAAUCAGCUUCAUCUACGUGAGCACAGCUUACAGUAAUGCCAGUAAAGAUUUGUCAGAAAUCAAAGAAAAAGUUUACACCACGAGCUGGGAACCUUCUGCGGUAAUCGACAUUUGCGAUAAACAAGAUAAAAACUCGAUCGCAUUAUUAGAAGAGAGAAUUUUGAAAACUCAUGCAAACACGUAUGCAUUCACGAAGAAUCUAGCAGAACAGAUCGUGUUUAGUGAUUGUAAAAAUUUUCCAACUGCAAUAGUACGACCAAGUAUAAUUGGUGCCUCUUUGAAAGAACCAUGUCCUGGGUGGGUGGAUAAUCUCAAUGGAAUUAUAGGUGUGCCUACAAAAAAUAAUUAAUUUGCUUUAAUAUAAAUUAGUAAAUUUCAUUUUAUCUACUUUAGUGUACUUUAUUGUGAUAAUUAUUCAAAUUUCUUUAUUUCUUUAAUUAUAUUUCAAAUAAUAUCAAUUCUUAACGUUACAGGAUUUUCCCUAACUUUUUUAAGAGAGAAAUCAAUCAAAGAAAUUUUUGUUUGAAGAUUACUUUGUUACUUUUUUGUAUGUUUUGAUGUAUUAAUUACUAGCAGUGUUUAGACAGCUUUCAAACGUAAUGUAUAAAUUCGUUUAACAGCAGUAAUACGAUGAAAGUUAGGAUUACCAAUUUCUUGCAACUAGAUCAUGAUUAUUACUUCUACUUUUUCGCUGAUACAAGAGGGCUAAUCAUAUAAUUAUGCUUAUUCCUUGUCUAUCUUUAUCGUCAAUGUAUCGAUAAUAUAUUUUCAAAAUAUUUUAAGAAUUAAGAAUAAUGAUUUUCUAAAGCAAUUUAACGUUACAGGUAUUGGUCUGCUAAUCGGUAAAGGUAAUAUGAAGGUGAUACUA